AACAAAAGAACAACACAAAUUUUUGACAUUUGCUGACGCCUGUGUGUAAAAAAAACUUGAAAAAUUUUAAGAAAAACGCGCAGAAAUUUCUUUAAACAGGAAGAAAAUCUUUAAAAAUUUAAUAAUUACAAUAAAAUUUCAAACAAAGAAUAAUAGAAGAUAUUUUAUUUUAACAAAAGUAAACAAUUAGUGUAAACAAAAUGUGUGAUACCGCCGAAGAUAUGGAUGAAUAUAUUGAAUACGAAUUUGCACGCGAUUGUAUAGAAAUUGCAGAUGAUUGUGAGGAGGUAGACGAUGGCGUAGCAGUGGACAAUGAUUUGUUAAUACAACAUCACACGGAACAUUUGCCCGAAGAAACUUUUCUCUAUGAAGAAGACGAUGAGGAAGAGCAGCAGCUGGAGGAGGAGGAGGAUGAAAUGCAUGAUUAUGAAAUUGUAGAAGAAUUAGAUGAAGAUGUAGAACAACUAUUAAUAUGUGAUACGGCUUUAGACAUUAAGGCAGAGGUAUUAGAACCCACACAGCAGGAAGAGGAGGAAGAGGCGCAAGAAGAAACAAAAAAUUUCAAAGAAGAAUUUAUGGAUCAAGAGGUAGAAGAGGAUCAUUUAAUAGAUGAAGAUACCGCAAAUGGUUUUGGUCCGGAGGAGGAAUUUCAGGAAAUAGAAUAUGAGGAAGUGGGUUUAGAGGAGGAGCAAGCUAUUGAUGUAGAAGAAAAACUUAUAAUACCGGAUAAAAAGGAGGUAAAACAGGAAAAACCCAAAAAACCACCACCACAACCCUGUCCCGAGGAUAAGGGACCCAAAGGAGUGGCUAGAAAGUAUAUGCUGUAUGAUGAACUAGUAGCCACUAUAGUCGACUAUGAUCCAGAUGGCACACCCAUAGUAGAGUUCUCCGUAUCAAAUAAUGAGGCUGAUGAAAAGUUACCCAUGGAAUGUGGCAUUUGUCCGGAUGUUAUGAGUAGAACAAAAAUAACCGCCCAUCUUAAGACACAUCUAGUGCCGGGCACUAAUCGUUAUCAGUGCAUUUAUUGUGAGGAAACCUAUAAAGAUUGCAAAUAUCUGGCCGGACAUGCCCGACGUCACAUGGGUAUACGCCCCUAUGUGUGUGAAUUAUGUAAAUUAUAUUUUUCCACCAAACAGGACUUAAGGGUACACAACCAACGACGCCACCAGGAAAAAGACCACAUUUGCGAGGUGUGUGGCAAAACAUUUGCCCAAAAUACUCAAUUGAAACGGCAUCGCGAGGCUACUCACGAAAAGAAACGGCGUUUCAAGUGUGACCUGUGUCCCAAGUCAUAUUACAAGAAUUUCAGUCUGCAGGAACAUAUAAGGGCCGUGCACAUGGGCAAACGACGUAUUAUUGUGUGUCCCUUUUGUGGCAUGCAGUGUAGAGAUGCCCACAAAAUGGCCCGGCAUCGCAAACAAUAUCAUUUGCAUCAGACGCACUUUGAGUGUCAUAUUUGUAAUGAGGAAUUUACCGAUAUCAAUUAUUUUGAUGCUCACAAAAGAUCUAUACAAUGUCGCAACAAUACCCGCCGUAAACUAGAAGAAGAGGGUCAACAGCAGCAACAGGAAGAGGAACAGCAGCUUUUACAGCAGGCAGAAGAAGCCAAACAGGAGUUACUCAUCGAAGAUGAUAGUAGUCAACAAUAUUCUCAACACUCCAACGAACAUAACCUGCUACAUACGCAACAACAACAACAACAGCCAGAACAACACCUGCUUCAUGGCCAUGAUGACGGUGAAGAUGCUGAUAAUGCUUUAGAAACAGUACAAAUUAUAGAUGAAUGUGAUUAUAAACAUUUAAUAACAGCAUCACCUACACACCAGCAGCAGCAGCAUCAUCAUACAGGACAAUUUAUGUUAAAUAAUGAUUUUCUGCAACAUCAUAAAAUCGAAGAAAUCUCGCCAGAUGAUGUGGCCGAUGAUGAGGAAUUAGUUUAUGAAAUAACCAUAGAUAGUAAUGAAUGAAUUUUCUUUCUUUUUUUUUUAGUUACUUAAAAUUUGUUUUUUUUUUAAUUUAGUUAUAAAUAUUUUAAAAAUUAAACUUAAAGGUUCAAGGAAACUUUA